CGAACCGGGGAGCGGCGGGGCCGGGGCUCGUCACGUGUGCGGCCCCACGGACGUGACGCGCUUUGGGGCGGGGCGGCGGGUUGUGCCGGGGAGCAGCGGGCGGAGCGGCGUCAUGGCGGAGCAGCGCCCGGCGGGCCGGAACGGCGUGGGCGGCGGCAGGGCGAUCCGCGUGGGGACCCGCCGGAGCCAGCUGGCCCGAAUUCAGACUGACAGUGUGGUUGAGAUGCUCCAGGAGUUUUACCCUGACCUCCGCUUUGAGAUCAUUGCCAUGUCCACAAUAGGAGACAAGAUCUUGGACACAGCCCUUUCUAAGAUUGGGGAGAAAAACCUCUUUACCAAAGAGCUGGAAAAUGCACUUGAAAGAAAUGAAGUUGACCUGGUAGUUCACUCCUUGAAGGACCUGCCAACUUCUCUUCCUCCUGGCUUUACCAUUGGUGCUAUUUGCAAAAGAGAGAACCCACUUGAUGCUGUUGUCUUUCAUCCCAAAAACUGUGGGAAAACGCUCAGUCUUCUUCCUGAAAAGAGUGUUAUUGGAACCAGUUCACUUCGGCGAGCGGCCCAGCUCAAAAAGAAGUUUCCUCAGCUGGAAUUCAGGGAUAUCAGAGGGAAUUUAAACACCCGCUUGAAGAAGCUAGAUGAGAAGGAAGACUUCAGUGCUAUAAUCCUGGCUGCUGCAGGGCUGAAGAGGAUGGGCUGGGAGAAUCGCAUUGGUCAGCUCCUGAGCCCUGAGGACUGUCUGUAUGCUGUGGGACAGGGGGCUUUAGCGGUGGAGGUUCGUGCCAAAGACCAAGAGACACUGAAUAUGGUAUCAACCCUACACGAUGGAGAGACUGUUUUGUGCUGCAUUGCUGAGAGGGCUUUCAUGAAACGUUUGGAGGGUGGCUGUAGUGUCCCUGUUGCAGUGAACACCAUGCUGAAAGAUGGCCAGUUAUAUUUGACAGGUGCAGUCUACAGUUUGGAUGGAUCUGAAAGCCUGAAGGAAACAAUGCAGACCAGCGUUAAUUAUCCACAACAGCCUUACUUUGAUGUUUGUACUUGCAGAAUGAAGAUGGACCAAAUGAUGAUGUGCAGCAUGUUGGCAUCACAGCCAAGAACGUCCCUGCUCAGGCCCAGGAAGCUGCAGAGAACCUUGGCAUUGAACUGGCUGAUUUACUGCUGAGCAAGGGAGCCAAGCACAUCCUUUGUGUGGCACGGCAGCUGAAUGACGCCUGCUGAGCCUCUGUGAGAUCAGCAAGAUUGCUGCAGCUCUUGCUCCAGUCUUUGCAGCUACUUACCAGCUUUUGGAGGAAGCGUUUUUAACACUUGCACCAGCCUUGUCUGACAUUUGGGCAUAAAAUACUUGAAGUACUAAA